AAGCCUGGCUGGGGGAGUGAACCGGAAGUGCAAGCGCCCGGGCUGCUCCUCGGCCAGGCGGAACCUGCUCUGUCGGGCCCGGUGGCUGCAAAAGAACUUUCUCCCGCCCCAACUGUCGCCUGGGCCAAGCGCCUCGCCCUCCUGGCAAGCCUCCCCCGCCGGGCUCCGCUCUCCGCUCGGCGCGGCCCGGCUCCCUCUCGCCCGGCAGGGCCCGCUCGCUCCCGCCGCCGCCACCGCCUCGCCUGCUGCCCGGCCCGGCGGCCCGCCCCGCUGCAGUGAUGUGCGACAAGGAGUUCAUGUGGGCCCUGAAGAACGGGGACCUGGACGAGGUGAAGGACUACGUGGCCAAGGGAGAAGAUGUCAACCGGACGCUAGAAGGUGGAAGGAAACCUCUUCACUAUGCGGCAGAUUGUGGGCAGCUUGAAAUCCUGGAAUUUCUGCUGCUGAAAGGAGCAGAUAUUAAUGCUCCAGAUAAACAUCAUAUUACUCCUCUUCUGUCUGCUGUCUAUGAAGGUCACGUUUCCUGUGUGAAAUUGCUUCUGUCAAAGGGUGCUGAUAAGACUGUGAAAGGCCCAGAUGGACUCACUGCUUUUGAAGCCACUGACAACCAGGCAAUCAAAGCCCUACUUCAGUGAUGGAUGGAUGGGCUGACACUCUGGAAGAAUGACUCUCCUGUGGCCUCACACUGCUGCCUGUCUGUCUGUCACUCUCUAUCUGCCAGCUUCUUCAGCUAAAUACUUUAGGAGGGGUGAGGGGAGAGAGAAAUUCAUAA